UGUAUGCAUUCAAUUUAUGCAUGCAUGCAAUAUAUUUAACCUGAAACACAGUGGGGAAUCCAGCAGCAAAUUAGAGGAAAAAGAAGCACUCAGGGUGAGAGUGUUGGCAGGAGAUCUGCGACAGAAGUGCAGCAAAACAGCGUGAGAAGGAAAUGAGAAGGCAGAGAGGAAAAGAUGGAGGCAGCAGUGCCACGCUGGCAGGAAGGCUCUCCCUGGAGUUCAGCCAAGUGUUCGUUGGGGUGGAGGUGGGGGCGUUAUGCACAACAAGAGACACAGAGCAAAGGAUCCUGAAGGUUAUCAGUGCAGCAUUGCUUCUGCGAUGUGCAGAGAGCAGCAGAUCUCAGCUGAAAGUUGUCCUUGACCCUGCAGCCAUCAACGGUUUUUCAGACGAAGGGUCAGACAGGGAGGCAAAGGAGGCCACGGAGAGGGCAGAGGAUUGUCUAACUUCAUCCUGUCAGGACAAAGGAGGAGGAAGUGGAAAUGAAAGGAAAGGAAAUACAGUGUUCACACUCUGCUGUCACCCUGUGAAAACAGGCAGGGAUAGUGGAAGGAGUUUCCAAACUUUUCAAGACAUUAAUUCAGCUUCAGACUGUCAGUUGGUUCAGCACUGUUGGAUGUCUAUCGCCAUUGCAGAAAUGAUCCAACAACAACUUCGCUCUAUUCAUUCCUUCUAACAGUUGUCUGUCUAUUCCUCUGCCUGCUACAAUCUCCCACAGUCUUGCACCCGAUCACCCUCCACCCACGUAAACCUCCUCUCUCACUUGACCACAGCACAGUGACCUCACCCCAUUUGUUGCUCAUUGGUCUCUGUGGUGAUGCAAACUAGAUGGACUAGACAUUCGAUUGGAUAAUGCAGGGAAAUCCCGGGAAAACCCCUCCCAUUCUUUUAUGUUCAUCUCAAAACAGAAGGGUCAAAUGUCUGCAGUCUUGCCUGCAUGUUGCAUCAGACAAAAACAUUGUUAAAUAGAGCGUUUCCGCUGUGUUGGAGCAAUUCAGAUUUCCUUUUUGCAGACUCUUUUUACCGGAGAAGAAACGUCAGCAGAUAUUUGGGAGACCAAAGUUUUAAUCUGCAUUUCUUCUGCUUGUAUAAGUAUCGUUUUUGCAGUAGAAGGACAGACAUUGUUGAACUGUUGGAUGCUUUUCAUUUCAUAUUUUUGAUCUUUUCCAUUUUGUUUCUUUUUUGGUCUUCUUUUUUUGUGCAAACCUUAGAAUAUGAUCAAAAGCUUUAACUCUGAGCACAACAACCAGAUUGUCAGCUUUGAGUUGCAUCAAGAUAAACUUAGUCAUUUUAAGUUCCACCGACCCAAAACAGAAUUGAUAAUUAGUCGAGCAAGCGAACAGGAAAAUGCUACUUAAAAAGAAGAGACUUACUUUUGUCCCAGAUGAGGAUAAAUGCCAAGCCAUCUUUGCUGCAGUAGCUGCCUACAUGAAGCACCUCGAAGUCAAAAACAGGGCAGGAGAUAGUAAAAAGUCCAAAAGAGGUUUCCCUUGGAUUAAGAAGAAUCAUGAUCCUCAAAAACCCAGGACUCGGGGGUUCCAUGUUCCAAUCUGGAUUGGAGGCAGUGCAGUCGAAGGCAAACUAAAAGAAGCUGAAGUGGACAAAGAUGCUAAGGGAAGGGAAGUUAAAGGGGGUCCAGGCAGAGGCUCAUUGACCGAAACUCCAGUUCCUUCCAUCAAAAAACCUGAAAACUCAGCCUCAGUGCCAAAUGCGGAGCCUGCUGGCAACAACUUGACCCCCACCACCACAGAGCCCACUCCAACCGAUGGUCAGCCAAUCACUUGCUCAGACCUCCCCUCGCCGACAGACUUGCUCCUUCCAGAGAUCGGAGCCGUUGUUCCUAUCAUUGAGCACAGCUCACCCCACGAUGCUCACCCAGAGGAGUCGGACAGAGAAAGACGGAAGCCAAGCAGGAAAGUAGGACGCAGCGAGAGCGCCCGCGUGGACCGGCACUCGUCUCGGCGGCGUGGCUCUUCUCGUAAACAGUCUCGCUCCCGUAGCGACGUGGACCUGCAGCCUCCGUCUUCUGCAACAACUCCUACCCCGCUGUCCCCGCAGAACCUCCAUCCUUUGGAUGGGCCAGCUUUCCCUUCUGAAGUGCCUGGCCAGGCCCCAACAAGCCCGUCCCCACAGUUGGAGGAGAUUGACCCCCGCUUGCAGGAGUUGGAGCAGGACCCGCCCAGCUGGAGGGUGCUGGCGUCUUCUGAGACCUUAAAGAACCUGAGCAAGAAGGAGACCAAGAGGCAGGAAGUCAUAAACGAGUUGUUUGCCACAGAGCAUGCCCACGUGAGAAUGCUGAGUGUCCUUCAGUGGGUGUUCGCCAAGCCGCUGGAGAGGGCGGAAAUCCUCUCUGCCCUGGACCUUGAGACCAUUUUCCCAAGCCUUGAGGAAAUCAUUGACAUGCACUAUAACUUCUAUGAAAGCCUGAAGAAACUGCGUGUCAGUGACAACUACAUCGUUAAAAACAUCAGCCCCACAUUGCUCAACAGGUUUGGUGGCCCUGAAGGAGAAUGGUUUCAGAAACUGACAGCCAGAUUCUGCAGUUACCAGACCUAUGCUCUGGACCAGAUCAAGCAAAGACAGAAGAAAGACGCUCGCUUUAACUCUUUUAUACAGGAUGCAGAGAGUAAACCCCAGUGCCGCAGACUGCAGCUCAAAGACAUUAUUCCUACAGAAAUGCAGAGGCUAACAAAGUAUCCACUGUUGCUGGAAAACAUCGCAAAGAACACAGAGGAAAAAGAGGAGAAGGAGUCGAUCCAGCAAAGUGCAGAAUGCUGCAGAAAGAUCCUCAACCAUGUCAAUGAAGAGGUCAAAACAAUGGGGAACAUGUUGACUCUAAAGGAGUACCAGAAAAAACUGGAAACAUCGGGGCUGAAAGCCAGUGUUGAGCUUUAUACUGAAUAUAAGAGCAUUGACUUGACUCAGAGGAAGAUGCUUUUUGAAGGUCCGCUGGUCUGGAGAGUCACCAAAGAGAAGGCUAUUGAUGUGCAUUGCCUGCUGCUGGAUGAUAUGCUGGUUCUUGCACAGAAGCAGGAGGACAAGAUGUUGCUAAAAUGCCAGAGUAAAAGUAACAUUACUGCACAGGAGGGCAAGCAAAUGCUGAGCCCAAUUAUAAAGCUGGACUCCGUUUUCCUCCGUGAAGUGGCAACAGAUCGGAAGGCUUUUUAUGUGAUAUUCACAUGGGACAGUGGAGCUCAGAUCUAUGAGCUGGUGGCUCAGUCUAUUGCAGAAAUGAAAAUUUGGCAUGAUAUAAUAAAGUCAACGGUUGACGUUCUGAAGAAGAGUGGAACAUCCAUACGGUUACAUAUUCCUCCUGGAGUUGGGAUUACUCCUCUCAGUCCCACCACGCUGAGUGCUCCAUUGAAUCCAUCUGAGAAUGGAAGUUUAAGAGGCAGCAGCGACCAAGAAAGGGACAGUGUGACAGAUCACAACGCUGUUCCUCCAAGGGUCAAUCUGAUAGAGACGUUGACCGACAGGGGUCUCCUUCAGGUACUGGAUUACUCCAGCAGGAACCAGGAGAAGGUGGCUGACGGUGCUUUGGAUGAAGUCAUGUCACUUAAAAGAUUGCUGAUUGGCAGCAUCAGCCUGUCAGAGGACUCGCAGCAUGAUGAAGAACAUGAAGAGGAGCAACCAGAUAAGCCGUCUCAUGAAACGGAGGCCCCUCAGCCAACAGUAGAAAGCGAGUCUACAGACAGCGGAUACAUGCAGGUGAACACCAGUCCUUCUGCGAAGGAAGAUGGAGCAAAACAAGAAGAUGAAGACGGGAGUAUCUUUGCCCCUCUGGUCUUGUCCCAGGAGAGAAGAGCCGAAGUAAGCAGGAGGCUGGACAGCCUGCUGCAAAUGAUACAGAGACUACAGGCUGUGGAAGAGGAGCAUCACAAGCUGAGCGAGGUCCUUUCUGAGUUCUCGCUGGAAAGCGCCAACUUCCAGUAAGAUGCCACUUUGCCACCUGCUGGCAACACGGUUUUCUUCUGGCUCUGGUUCAGAACAACAUGACUUUCAGAGGCUUCCCUGGAACUUCCAACCCCCCCCCUAAAAAAAUCGUCUUGCCUGGAUCCAAGCUGUCACUAUUAUAUCUUUGUAUCAGAGCUGUUUGCUGCCAAAGCAGGAAGUUUUCCGUCUGCCAGAGGAGUGUAAUAGCUUUGCGCUCAGUGAUGGAGCGUGGGAGGUGUGUGUGUGUGUGUGUGUGCGUGCGUUUGUCUGUUUAGAUGCAUGUUUGAAACAAAGGUAUGGAAUGGAGUAAAAAAAAAAAGAAAGGAGAUAUCCUGCUUUUGAGUGGGAGGUUGUUUUUGCAGAGAGGUGCCAAACGUAAUGAAGCAAUAUUUUGAUGCGAGAGAUAUGCUGCCUAAUGAAAUGUAGUCUUUUCUUUCUGCUGUAACACACAUAUGCACACCCGAGACAUGUAUGCUGGAACAUAAUUGACAGUAAUGCCAAGAAUAGCAAUGUAUAGGAAAAACAAACCCUCAAAGGGUAAUGUAGCAUUAGAAGGAUUAUUAAAAAAAAAAAAAAACAACUGCUGGUAUGUAUUAUUUCUAGUUUAUGCCAAAGUACAACAAAGAUGCACUUUUUCUCUGAUCAAGACGAGUUAAAAACACACUGUAACCACAAAAUUUCUUAUUUAAACUUUGUUUCAGUAUGCGGUUCUCAUCAGUUGGGCUUUAUGCAAGCAGUCCUCUGUGUCGGAAGGAUGCAUGCAAGAAGGGGUGUGUAUGUGUGUUACCGGGUUUGAGAACGUGUUUAUUUGGAAUUUCCUUUCUGUCAUUCUCAGUAAAACAUUUAUGAAUAGCGGCACUAUAGGCAAUCAUGCUGUUGAUAAUGGAGACGUGUUUGUAUGUACUGCUUUUAUUUAUUCCUCUGAGGAUUUUUUAGGUCAGCGAGUUGCCUCAUCUUACUGAUAAUGUUACAACACUGGGCCAGGUUGAGGCGAGAGCGGCGUGCAAAGGGUUGGACAAGGCUGCAGAAGGAAUUCUGGGAUAUGUAAUGCACAUCAAAGGUGGAAAGAGAGAAAACACACAGGCCUGAGAAGGAUGUUUGGAGUUUCUUGAUGUUUUUGGCUUUGGAUAGUUUGAUAGAAGGUCAUGAAGAGGACCGUGGAGAGAGCCUGAGUUUAGGAUUUGUGCUGAUGAAAUCUGAACUCAUACCUGAAAAGCGCCGAGAACUUCAGACUUGUUCAUAAAUGCACCGUUUCUGCAGCAUCGAGAGUUUGCAACUUCUGAUCCGAAACAUGCUUCAGUUGGGGUUAAGAUUUGUAUUAUAUGACAUUAGAUGCGUAUAUUAUUCGUUAUAAAGUCCCAACUAGCAAUAUUUGUAUCAACGCUUUUCCUGCCUUUGCAUUUUACUCAGCAGUUGAUUGUAAUUAUAAUUGUUGUAGUAUAAUUCCUAAGUAGUGGCAUGAUUGAGACUGUGCACACAGGACCAAAGACAUGACAUAAAGCACAUUUAAGAGUGGAAAAAGUGUUUUUCAAUAAAUAAAUUAAAAAAUACAGUUGAUUUAAAUGAAUGUACUGGUAAAUAUUAUUAGGACUAUUAAAGCUUUAUGACCAAAUUGCAGCAGUAUUUGCAGGUCUCUGAUAUCCUGCUUACACCAUAAUGACGUUAACCAACUAACCAUCGUUCAGGUGACCAGGUGCAUAAGAAAUCUAGCUGCAAGAGGCCAAGCACUGUUAAAGAAUCUGUUACCAAACUGUUUGCAUGGGACCUGCAGAGAAAGAAGGCUAGGACAUGCUUAAAACUAGACAAUGUAACAAAUGACACUUUCAGGACUUGAAGGAAGGAAAGCUGUUGUCUCAUUCCAAUGUCACACUGUAAUCAUGAUCGCUUCCUGAUAUGCAUUCUCAUUGUUGCCACAACAGAUCCUACCUUCUGAACCUACUGAACCUCAAUAUACUUACACCAUUUAGUCACUUGAGUGCCGCAAGAACCAGAAUCAUGUCUGUUUUUUUUUAAGUAUACUGCCAUUUUUCUCUCAUGUCUUCCUCUUUAAACUGUAUGCAGUAAAAGAUAGUCUGAAGGCAUUUUCUUAUCUGUCUUCAUAGCAUAUUUACCAACUGCAUAGUGUUACCAGGAGUUUCAUUUAAUGUACUUAGAAAUAGGUUGGGGAUGUUAUUUCAUUUUUUUUCGUUGCUUUUUAAAGAAACUCUUGUAAUGUUGUGCUAUGCAUUUCCUGUUUCUGUAAAGCAGGGAGGAAUGUCUGCAACCAGUCAAUGCACCAAUGAAUUUAGCAAACAUGCAAAUAAUCUAACCAUGGCAGAUUCUGUUAACAUUUAAAAGUGUGACUUUUGACUUCAAUAUGAAAUGCAGCUUUUUCGCUAGUUGGAACUCUCGUUAUCAAAUCGCAAAACUCAGAAAGCACUCGUGAUGCCUCCAGGCUUCAUUGGCUGGCAACCAUUACAGACAUUUCUCCCCGUUUCUCUUUUUCUUUGAUGCUUUUUCUUAUUUUUUCUAUAUACCAUGUGUAAAGUGUGUUUAUAUAGUGGUGCCUUCUUCCUGUCCAUUGAUUUGUUUGCUUCUUAAAGGGCUUGUAAAGUAAAAGACAACUAAUUAAAUGAUUAAUAAGAAGUAAGACAUCAUCCCAGAAUGUUAAUUAGUACAUUCUGUAAUGUUCUAAUCAACAUCUCAGAAUGUUAAUUCAUAUUUAUGGUAAUUAUAUUUUAGGUUCCAACUUCCUCCCCUUUUGUUUCAAACUCCAUUAAAUUGUUAUGAUUUGAGCCCACUCAGCCAGAGCCUUCAUUAAACAACCACACUGCUCCUUCUUCCAGCUUAAUGACCUUAUAAGAAAACAAAAUGGAUAAUUGAGAACUAUA